CCUCUCUGUCCUCUCCGUUGUCUCUCUGUCCUCUCUCUGUCCUCUCCGUUGUCUCUCUGUCCUCCAGCUGUACUGGAGUCAGCUCAGAUCCUCUUCAUCCUGGUCCUGAUGACCGUAAUGCUGCUGCUGAUUGGCUGUCUGUUCAACCACUACAAGCUGUCAUCCUGCUCCUUUACAACCAGACAGAGACAGGCCCGGAGGCAGGAUCUCUGGCCGUCGGACAGCGGCUCUCGACAAGGUGCCUCCGAGGUGCUGUAUGUGCCCCAGACAAGGGAGAGGUUCACAGCCUCGUCCUUUAUGUCCAGGGAGCGUUUCAGUCGCUUCCAGCCCACCUGCCACUACCUGACCCGCGACCUCCAUCUUCCCCCCACCAUCUCCCUGUCUGACGGAGAGGAGCCCCCGCCCUACCAGGGUCCCUGUACCUUACAGCUGAGGGACCCGGAGCAGCAGUUAGAGUUGAACAGAGAGUCGGUCAGGGCCCCUCCCAACAGAACCAUCUUUCACAGCGACGCGAUAGACGUGCACGGUGGAGGGGCUGGAGGGCCGAGGCCACCCAGCAGUAACUCUGGUAUCAGCGUAGCCAAUAGCAGCAGCAGCCACGGACGCAUGGAACACCCGCCUCCGGCGUAUUGCGAGGUGAUUGGUCAGCACUACCCUGGCUUCUUUCACCACCCGCACAGCGAUAACACACUCGGGACCUGGACCGGGGGCGGGACCAGCCUGCAGGGCCAAUCGGAAAGCACAAUACCUGCCAAGGGCAGGAAAGGGGAGGAGCUGAGGUGAGAUGGAGGAGGGACUAUGCUGUCUUAGACUCCUCCCCCCUGUAAAGGACAAUCUCUUGAUGGACCGACACUCCCAGGAUGCACAACUAAACACAACAUUACCAACCUGCACAACUAAACACAACAUUAUCAACCUGCUACAACAUUAUCAACCUAUACAACUAAACACAACAUUAUCAACCUGCUACAACAUUAUCAACCUGCUACAACUAAACACAACAUUACCAACCUGCUACAACAUUACCAACCUGCUACAAGUAAACACAACAUUAUCAACCUAUACAACUAAACACAACAUUACCAACCUGCUACAACAUUACCAACCUGCUACAACUAAACACAACAUUAUCAACCUGCUACAACUAAACACAACAUUAUCAACCUGUACAACUAAACACAACAUUAUCAACCUGCUACAACUAAACACAACAUUAUCAACCUGCUACAACAUUAUCAACCUGUACAACUAAACACAACAUUACCAACCUGCUACAACUAAACACAACAUUAUCAACCUAUACAACUAAACACGACAUUAUCAACCUGCUACAACUAAAUACAACAUUAUCAACCUAUACAACUAAACACGACAUUAUCAACCUGCUACAACAUUAUCAACCUAUACAACUAAACACGACAUUAUCAACCUGCUACAACAUUAUCAACCUAUACAACUAAACACAACAUUACCAACCUGCUACAACAUUAUCAACCUAUACAACUAAACACAACAUUACCAACCUGCUACAACAUUACCAACCUGCUACAAGUAAACACAACAUUACCAACCUGCACAACUCAACACAACAUUACCAACCUGCACAACUCAACACAACAUUAUCAACCUGCUACAACAUUAUCAACCUAUACAACUAAACACAACAUUAUCAACCUGCUACAACAUUAUCAACCUAUACAACUAAACACAACAUUACCAACCUGCUACAACUCAACACAACAUUAUCAACCUAUACAACUAAACACAACAUUAUCAACCUGCUACAACAUUAUCAACCUAUACAACUAAACACAACAUUAUCAACCUGCUACAACAUUAUCAACCUAUACAACUAAACACAACAUUACCAACCUGCUACAACUCAACACAACAUUACCAACCUGCUACAACUAAAUACAACAUUAUCAACCUGCUACAACAUUAUCAACCUGUACAACUAAACACAACAUUAUCGACCUGCUACAACUAAACACAACAUUAUCGACCUGCUACAACUAAACACAACAUUACAACCUGCUACAACUAAACACAACAUUAUCGACCUGCUACAACUAAACACAACAUUAUCGACCUGCUACACAGAGAGGAACCAAGCAUAAAUGUAUUUUUCCAUUGAUUGAAAAUAGCUGUCACUGCAGGGGGAUGUUUGUAGCCAUCUUUUCAUUUUAUUUUCUCCUUCAUGUGGGAACAUCUAUAAUAUUAGACCCAUCUCUUUAUUCUCUUGAAUGACUUGUACAGACCAGGGUCUGUACCGACCCCGAGCUGGACUGAGGAGGUUUUAUACAGACCAGGGUCUGUAUCGACCCCGAGCUGGACUGAGGAGGUUUUAUUCAGACCAGGGUCUGUACCGACCCCGAGCUGGACUGAGGAGGUUUUAUACAGACCAGGGUCUGUAUCGACCCCGAGCUGGACUGAGGAGGUUUUAUACAG